AGAAAUUCGACCCCGAUCGUCUUUUGGGGUUGCAAGCCGAGCCCACUGCCUCCCAUAACAUGUGAGAGUCCUGCAGAAAGACACCUUCUUCUGUUUUCCUCAUCCGCCUCGCCAUUUCGAGAAGUAUGAACUUUCAAACUUGAUGACAAUGGUCAACCCAGAACAACAGAGUGAGAAAUUGUCAGUGGAUGAUUUUGAAGCUGAUUAUGGAAUAUCGAGCAAAAGGUUGACUGGGGACCCUCUGAAUGGGACUGAGGGCAAACCUGUCCCAGACAUCUCCGAAUCUCGAGAUCAACCCGGAACAUCGAAGGAGAAACCGAGCGUGGAGUAUAUCGAGGACAUUCGAACACCGUAUUGGGACACCAAAAAUGUUGUGGGUGCCAUUAGGAAUCUUUCUCCAGUAGAAUCUUCAUCAGAGAAGAUACCUGCGCGGCCGGGAUUUUGGAGGAGACGACGGCAACAUUACAGAAGAUACUGGAUUCUGUACACAGUCGGUACCGUCAUAUUGCUUGCCAUCCUACUACCAAUUGUCUUUCUCGUGGUUUUUCCCGCAAUUGCUCAAAGGCUCGUGGACAAUGCCUCUCUUCCGAUAUUCUCAGCGAGCAUUAUAAACCCUACCCCAAGUAGUGUUGUUUACUCCCUGUCCUCAUCUCUCAAGAUUCCAGCUGGAUUGACCGUCGACUUGAAACCUAUCACCUUGAGUCUUUUUACAAAUGACAGCGGGCCAACAGAUCCCUAUGUCAAAGUGAACCUCCCCGAGUAUCACCUGAAAGGCGAGACCAAAAUCAACAUCACUCGUCAGACCGUUGAUAUCUUGGAUCAAGAUCGCUUUGAGGAGUUCCUGGAAAGUGUUGUUGCCAAUAAGAAGUUCACCUUGUCGGCGAGUGGUGCUACCACUGCGUACCUGGGUGCUCUGAAGGCACCAAUAAAAUUGAACAAAGAAGUGAAACUAACUGGAUUUAACAACUUGGCCGGAUUUGAAUUCACCAAUGUCGCCAUUGUCUUCCCUCCUGACCAGGAUGGGACAAAUUUAGUGGGCAAUAUCACUCUACCGAAUCCGACUGUCAUCUCCCUCGAACUAGGGAACGUUACCUUGAACAUGAUAAUAGGCAACGUGACAAUGGGCCAAGGCAGAAUCGAGAACGUGUCUUUAAUCCCAGGCAACAACACCGUUCCAAUCCGAGCAACAUUCGACCUCAAAACCGCAAUACAACAUAUAGGACUCAUUCUCCAAGCCGAAUCAAGUGCUCUAACUAAAGGCAACGUUGUGAUAUCAGCUUCUGGCAAUUCAACGGUCUAUAAUGGGGUCCAUAUUCCCUAUUAUGAAGCCAUCCUUAAUAAGGUUUUCCUGACUGGAGAAGUGCCGUUGAUCAAGAUCCUCGUUGGUACUUUACAGCAAGGAUUGUCGUCAAAUAAUUCCUUAAUCUCAAGUAUAGUGUCGGCAUUGAAUGGUACAAACGGUCUAAGUUCGCUGUUAGGAGAGUUGAUGGGCAAGAGCACUCCGUCUUCUUCAAUUCUUUCUGGAUUGUCUUCACUCUUCUAGUCUGGCUGGAAGCCGAGUCUGCUGAGUGGGGGGAAUCAAUAUUGCUGAAACUUGAAAGACGUUCGUUUAAAGUGAUGGACACUCAUG